AUGGAGGAGGUGCGUCCAGCGCUGGAGCGCGGUUUUGAGGAGAAGCUGGCAAAGAAAAAGGAGGAAAUGGUGGCAGAGAAGGAAGCCCACCAGGCGGUUAUUGAAGAGCGGGAUAAGCUUCAGGCGAAACUUCAGCAAUCUAAGCAGAUUGAGAAGACUCUGCUAGAGGAGCAGGAGUCGCUCAGCAAGGAGGUGGCCUCCCUCAAGCUUGACAAGACCGCAUUGCUGGAGAACCACGAGUCGGACUUAGCUGCAUUUCGGGCCGAGGCAGGUCCAGCUUACGUGGGGUCGGCUGAGUUUCAAGCGCUGGAUAGGGCGAAGUAUCAGAAGAUCGUCGGCGACGUCGUGGCCGCAAUCCGUCACUUGUUCCGUCAGGAGCUGCCUGACGUGGUUUGGGAAACGAACCUGGUUUUGGACGCGAUUGGCGGUUGGACCGAUGCCGAUGUGAAUUCGGAGGCUGAUGAUGGGGAAGAGGAUGAAGGAGGUGAUGCAGAGGAUGAUGAUGAAGGGAGCGAAAGGUCGCGAAGUGUCUGA